AUGAUUAAUGAUAGAGAAAGGGAUGUGAUUAAUGGUAGAGACAGGGAGGUGAUUAAUGGUAGAGAAAGAGAUGCGAUUAAUGGUAGAGAAAGGGAGAUGAUAAAUGGUACAGAAAGGGAUGUGAUAAAUGGUAGGGAAAGGGAUGUGAUUAAUGGUAGGGAAAGGGAUGUGAUUAAUGGUAGGGAAAGGGAUGUGAUUAAUGGUAGAGAAAGGGAGAUAAGUAAUGGUAGAGAAAGGGAUGUGAUUAAUGGUAGAGAAAGGGAGAUAAGUAAUGGUAGAGAAAGGGAUGUGAUUAAUAGUAGAGAAAGGGAGAUAAUUAUUGGUAGAGAAAGCGAUGUGAUUAAUGGUAGGGAAAGGGAGGUGAUAAAUGGUAGAGAAAGGGAGAUAAUAGUUUAUGAUAGAGAAAGGGAGAUAAUUAAUUGUAGGGAAAGGGAGGUGAUAAAUGGUAGAGAAAGGGAAGUGAUUAAUGGUAGAAAAAUGGAUGUGGUUAAUGGUAGAGAAAGGGAGAUAAUUAAUGGUAGCGAAAGGGAGGUGAUUAAUGGUAGAGAAAGGAAAGUGAAUUAUGGUAGAGAAAGGGAGAUAAUAAAUGGUAGAGAAAGGAAGAUAAGUAAUGGUAGAGAAAGGGAGAUAAUUAAUUGUAGAGAAAGGGAGAUAAUUAAUUGUAGAGAAAGGGAAGUGAUUAAUGGUAGAGAAAGGGAUGUGGGUAAUGGUAGAGAAAAGGAGAUAAUAAUGGUAGAGAAAGUGAGAUAA